CUAGUAGCAAUCGCCGUGCAACACGUCCCUUCUCCUCGUCCGUAAGAAGAAAUAUCGUCGAGCAGCGAGCAGCCCGCAUGGGCCAACCUAAAGCGCAAAAGUCUAUGGCCGUCAAACAAAAAGAGAGCAUGGAGCGCAUGGCAGCUUCUGGCGAAAUUCUCGACUACCUUGGCGUCCUCCGGGGCACCUUCGUUCCCCCAACAGGCCGGAACCUCCCUUCUCUCUUCUCCGACUGGCGAGGUCGAAGGACUAUUCUGUACUACCAAUUGGUGAGCUGGUACCACGUCCUACAGAGCAGAUUCAUCGCCUUUUGGCUCGUCAAACCACGGCUGAAGCUUGAAAAAGCCCAAACUCCCGCCAUCGCUCAGGCGUUGUACAAGGACAUGUACACAGCUUUGGCGGGCGGAGAGGUCGAGUUGGGGAAAAUUGAAAGACAUCUGCAUCCGGGAUUGAAAUCUUCUCUACGUGCAAGGAUCGCUCAACGAGCACCGAAUACGUUUAUGCAGUGGAAGUUGCACCGGUAUAUGGCGCCUCGGGAGUGUGUAUAUUUCAAGUUUGGGCUGCUCGAUAUGUCGGGUCCGCGCACGGAACGUACGGGUAUGAUCCAGGCCGUAGUGAGGAUCAAGUCGCAGCAAUCACUUCUGACGUUUCAGAGGAGGAGGAUCAAGGAUCCCGCGAAUCCGAGGGGGCCGCCGGUGAUGACUGAGGUGCCUGUGGAUCGCGAUGGUAAGGUGAUUGUGGACUUUGACCAGGAGGUGGAGGAGAGGCAGAGUUUGAAGACAGUGGAGGAGUAUUUUGUCAUUGAGAGGACACUGUUUAAAGGUGUAUUGGGGCCUUGGAGGGCUUGGGGGACGACACAUGAGACGACAUUGGCAGAGAUCAGGAAGAUGGAGAAGGCGAAAGCCAGGUAGUUGUUGCAUGGCGGUGGGCCGAGUUCGGCAUGAAAGUAGAAUGGUUGACGAUGACCUGGGAAGGACGAGACUUCGAUCUAAGACGUAAAGCGUGACGGCAAAGUGAUACUGCUCAAUCUCCUCGACCAGUCGACAAGAUCCGCGAAGUGCCAUCUCUCAAGAAAUUAAAUUCCAUCUCUAGGAUGCCACAAAACUUGCCUGUGUGGCAGUACUUGCACCCGCGCCCCAGACCCAGCACUCCCCACAAGACGGCGCCGUUCCAGCGGCAUAAAUUCCAGAAGACGCCAGAAGCCCCAACUUGAAGUCUUGACGAGAAACCAAUCUCCCAACCUUCCAUCGCCUUUCUCUUCUCUACACCACUUCCACGAUACGAAAGAGUGAGCGCCCGCAAGGGCAAAAUAUAUUCAUACCUGUCAGUUGAAAUGUUAUGGAACACAUCUCACAUACCGUCGGGAGACAUCGAUGAGAACUCUACAGGGCAUAUCAAGGAAAAAGAAACGAAAAGGCCAAGUAGGUAAGACUAGGUAUUUUCAAACCCCCUAGCAGAUCGAAAGUCAAAUG